UCCGACAUAUCGUCAUAGUUGGAGACCGUCUGGUGCGUAAAAGAAGCGCACACUUGUCGCAACAAGAGCUCCGUGGAUGAGGAGUUUAUGUUCAGACUCCCGUGGAAUAUAAAUGUGCGAAAAAUGCCACACUGCUCUCACAUUGCAUUUUACCGUAUUUAGCGUGCGUUAAUGUUGCAAAAAUUGCCUUAUCCACUCUUAGGGUAAAGGUGAUCACUCCGAGCAAGGAUUCACUUUGUCCGGCAAUUGUUCCAGGCGAGAACUGAGACGCAGGCGCGUCUUGAGUGAAAUGGAUAUGAAGGCGCUGGGCUCCGUGGUGCUCUUGCCUAUUCAGAUACUGUACUAUGUUGUCAGGGCGACAGUGUCCUGGUUCUUGCCGAGCAAGCGAAGAGAUCUGACCGGAGAUGUGGUGCUUAUCACGGGUGGCGGACGUGGCAUCGGCCGUCACCUGGCCAGGGAGUUCGCCAAGCGCGGGGCUAAAAAGCUAAUCCUGUGGGGUCGAACAGAAAAAUGUAUGCAAGAGGCAUGCGAGGAGAUCGCCCUCAUGGGGACGGAGUGCCAUUACUUUGUUUGCGAUGUGGCCAACAGGGAAGAUGUUUACAAGCAAGCCAAGGUUGUAAGAGAGAAGGUGGGAGAUGUAACCAUUCUAGUGAAUAAUGCUGCAGUGGUGCAUGGAAAGAGUUUGCUUGACAGUGAUGAUGAUGCCCUUCUGAAGACUCAGCAUAUCAAUACAAUGGGACAGUUUUGGACAACAAAAGCCUUCCUGCCUCGUAUGCUGGAACUACAAAACGGCCACGUUGUGUGCGUCAACUCCAUCCUGUCUCUGUCGCCUAUCCCUGGUGCUAUAGACUACUGCACCUCUAAAGCAUCCUCACUGGCUUUCAUGGAGAGCCUCACUCUGGGUCUGCUGGACUGUCCUGGGGUGGGCUGUACCACUGUCCUCCCAUUUCACACCAACACUGAAAUGUUUCAGGGCAUGAGAGUCAGGUUCCCCCAACUUUUCCCUCCUCUAAAGCCAGAGGUAGUAGCCCAGAGAACAGUGGAUGCUGUCAGGACCAAUACGGCCUUCGUUUACCUACCAUGGACCAUGCAUGUGCUCAUUAUUCUGAAAUGUGUCCUCCCUCACAGUGCCCUGGAAGAAAUCCAUAAAUUCUCAGGAAGCUACACCUGCAUGAAUACUUUCAAGGGACGGACAUGAGAGGACUCCAGACAGCAUGGGAGUUCCAAGUGUUACAUAAUUUCAAACAAACUGUAUUAUAGUCGAACAACAACAAUGGAAUCCUGGUGAAAAUGAGUUAGUUCUUCAAGUAUUCCAAAGGCAAUUUGUCAAGGAAAACGAGACAAAGGGACAGAUACUCUGGCAAAAUAGAGCACAAGGGGCCUCAUUUGCAGGGCCACUUACAGGUCACCAUUGACCUCUGUGUUGUAGGAUCAACACGGAAUGGACAAAACAAAGCCUCAAAUCAACCACUGUACUGUAUGUGUACUUUAAUGUUUUUAAAGAUGAUGCUUUUAACUACUGUCACUGUAAAUUCAGCAUCUGAUUAAAAAGCAGUUUUAAAGAUAAACCCUUUCUAUUGGGAUGUUUUAAAAAUCAGCUUAGUUUUUUAUAGGGAUCAGUGCCACUUUUCCAAAUGGAAUUACGAUAAUAAA